AAGCCAAUCCCAGAUCCUUUUGUUACUCUGUCACCUGCAUCUGAGUAACCACAGGCGAGCGAGAAGAAUCACACACAAGGUGUUCGCACUGUCGCCUCCGAGCCAUAGUGUCACCCUGCAUGUAUGAAAGUGUGUGAGUGCGAGUGUGUUCAUGUGUGUGAGCUGGAAGUGCUUCAUUUCCAUCAUGAGUAUGAGGAGCAGGAGGUUCUCACUUGACAGCGCCAUCUCUCUGGAUGGAGUUGGACCUCUGGGUGGAAGAAGAGGCAGCAGCAGCAGCAGGUUCAGCAGUAAGAAGUCACGACAGAGUCAGAGUUUGGACGAUGCCCGGCUGGAGAUCCACGAGCUGCAUCACAGCCUGAAUUCCAACAUGCCCCUCAGGAAGCAGACCAUAGCCGAGGAGAACCUUGAGCGGUCAGACGGGCUCAACAGUCAUAGCUUCGUGAAGCACAACAAAUCUUUCCACAAACUGUUCCCAGAGAUUCCUGAGGCGGAGACCCUGACGCAGACGUUCACCUGUGCCUUGCAGAAGGAGGUUCUCUAUCACGGAAAACUCUUUGUGUCCGAGCAUCAUGUGUGCUUUCACUCGUCCGUGCUGCUCAAAGAAACAAAGGUGGUGAUUCCUGCGUCCAGCGUCAGGGAGGUGAAGAAACAUAACUCAGCUUUGUCCAUGAUGUCUAUUGAAACUGCUGACAGAGAAAAGCACUCCUUCGUGUCCCUGAGGAACCGUGAGAUGUGUUACAAGCUCCUGGAAACCGUCUGUUCACACGCUCAGGGCGUGAGCAGCCCUCAUCUCUCCUCUGCAGAAAAUGAAGCCGAUCGUGACCUGGGCUCGAGUUAUUCCAGUUUGGAGGACAGCGUAGAUCGAGAUCAGAGCCGACAGAGCAGCAUUUGUCUUGACAACGGCUUCCCGCAGACGUCCAGUGAAGCUCCCACGAGAUGCAGCUCCGCCCGUCAGAACAGCUUAAUAGAUACAGACGACCGGGCUGUGUCGUGGAUUUGGAGGAUCGUUCAGAGGGUCACGUCGUUCUCCCUCCUCAGAGAAGAUCUCAGCCCAUUCUUCUACCUUUACAUGAUGCUGAUGGUGGUGCUGCUGCUGGUGUCGGGGUACAUCGGCCUCAGGAUCGUGGCUCUGGAGGCACAGCUGGACUCUCUGGGAGCGCUAACUGAGCUGUCUUUACGCCACAAAGAAUCAGAUUAGACGUGGGAGUCGUUCAGCAGGUUCAUGACGGCGGCGCAGACAAAAGGUUCCGAGAAAUGUAGCGACAAACAAAUCCUUGUAGGAACCCUCUGCGCCACUUUAUUAAGAUUCUGCUCUUCAUCGAUCUCCGUCUAGACACACUCCCAAAAGCAUCUUAGCUGCGAGACUCAGUCCGUUUGACACACAAUGCACCUUCAGUGAAUCAUUCUGUCCAAAGUGCUGUACAACAUUUUGCACUAACAAGUUGACUCACAGUAGAAAAUCAGCCUCCUGCGCUAACACGCUGUCUGCAGAGAGGCUGCAGGUCAGCAGUAAGAUGCUUCUGGGAUGUCUGAACAGGCCUCACGCGGUGGACUACAUCGGAUGACUGACUGUGUUGGCAGAAAACCACCAGGACAAUAUUUCUGUGAGGAGUGCACUGGGGUUUUCUUUUUUUUUUUUCUUUUUUUCUUUUUCUGCUGACGGAUCAAAAACUGACACGAAGAUCUCCUGCACUGAGCCAUAUGGAGGCAGCCUGCUGAAGCCAUGUUUAUUUCCUGGCCGGUGAACAGCUGAGCUCAGCUAGCAGAGGUUGCUGGAGUCCCUGCCAUCUUGGAUCAGCACAACCAGUAACACUGAGAACACAACCGAGUCACAAAGAAGCUCUUUGUUGUUGCUUGAGGUUAAAUCAUCUGUAUGUUAUGAAACAAGGGCUCACAUUCAGUUAAGUUCAUUGCUGGUGUCGGGAGUUAAUGGCAAUGAUCAUCCAGCAGAGGGCAGGACUGCUACACGAGGCAGAGGCAGGGUGCCACUAAGUUCUCUCCAGGCACUGAAAAUGUCUCAAAAUACAAAUGUUAAGUCACUUUUGCUGCUUCCUGUUUGUCAGAUCAACCCUGUUUACUGACACUGGAGAGUUUACGCUUUUAUCUUAUCAGAUUCAGUGGAGAUUUUAUCUUUUGGAGGUGCGAUGUGUAAGAAUUUUAUUUUAAAACAUUUAAAACAAAAGAACUUAAAUAACAACAGUGUUAAAAAUGUUCAUGUACCGUGUUGCAGAGAUAUCUUAUGUUAAUAUGCUAACCAGCGAGCUCUUGGAUUAUGUCGGACAAGCUGCAUGUUUGGAGUUAUUUGACCUUUUCUUAGUUAUUUAACACAUUAAAACGAUUCCCAUGUAACCCUAACUCGGCAUGCGGGUGAGUAGAUAAUGUCUGGAUUGUCAUUUUUGGGUGAACUUGAUGACGAAACAUUCUGAGAGUUCUGUGUAAACACUGAAAAGGAACAAUAUAUAAUAUGUGGUUUUAAAAACCCCUGUGGUGAUACACAAGUGAUUGAUUGUAUGUCUGCUUUAAUGUUAAUAAUCAAAGAUCAUGUUUAAAUCUGAAAUUCAUUGAACCACAAUUUACAUUCCUGGUGGAACUAUUCCUCAAACUUUUCCUUUAUCCAUCCAUGUAUGAAUCCUUUAUAUUACCUUCAAGCAUUCCAGCCAACCUGAGAAUCUGAUCUGAUUUUAUACAUCGUAAAUCAAAUAUCUUUUGUAUUGUUGACUACCACAUCUUGCACCCCUUCUUAUUAUUAACUUAUGCACUGUAUAAAUGUACAAUGACUGUAAAAUUGUAUAUUAUAAAAAACAAUACAUCCAGUUUC